AUGCACAUGAAGGGUCGGUUUGCAACUCUGCAAGCAAUAACACUUUUAUUAGCUUCAAAUAGAUUCCACUCUUCAAUAAUACCCAUUAAGUUAGGAAAUACUGAAAUUGGGGCUCAAGGCAUCUUGCCAAUAAUCAUUUUGUCAAGAAGAGAAACUUUUUCAUUUCGACGUAUGAAGGGAAUAAACAAUAAUUUUUGUAGCAUGGAAGAAAUAAAAUCUGAACUCUUAAAAACAUUUUUUCUUCUUUAUUUACAAUUAACUCGAUUUGUCACCUCGUACUUACCUUUAUUUUUAAAUCAACAAAAUCAUCAUCAUCAUAUCUUGGACAAAAAUAAUUUAAUUCUAUGUAAAACAAAUAAUUUAUGUGCUACGAAUAACGGUUCUGAUGGGACUAUCAAUACAAAAAAUUAUUAUAAUCAUUCUUGUCAUCAUAACUCGCAUAAUUGGAGCAAACGUAAAUGUACUAAAAUAUCCCGCAAAAAUGGUUAA